UCUUUGAGCAGCCAUCAUCCCAAACUCAUCACCCAAACAGUCAAGGAGGUCACAUAACCCUUCUCCUCGUCGUGGGUGCCAUCAUUGGAAAGGUCUGCUCGACCCUCUUCUCAUCAUUCGUCUUUUCCUCGCCGUCGCACGAAGGUCCGCGUUGAGCUCUUGGUGUCGCCGUCGCGAAGGUUGCUGGGUCCGUCAGUCAUCGUCUCUUCGAGCUCUCUGUCUCUCUUCGAGUUCUUUCUCGCUCUCUUUGUCCGAGCUCACUUUCCUGUUCGAGUUCUCUAUCACUCUCUCUGUCCGAGCUCACUUUCCUUCGCCGUCACUUCCUUCCUUCCUCGCCGCCGAUAAGCACUUAUGGUUCAAUUUAUUUUUGCUUGUUUUGAGUUGAUUCUGUGAGUCAAUUUGUUAAUAAUUCUGAUUGUGUGAUUCUGAGUUGCUAGGUUUUAUGAUUAUGAGUUUGGAUUUUUUUGCUUAGUUUUUAUGUUUUUUAAUUCUCGACUUUGGAUCAUGGUUCUGAAAAUUAGACCGGACUAAUCGGUUGAACCGAUCGAACCGUAAACUGACUAUUAACGAUUUUGUUAACCAUGUAAAACUACUAAUUAAAAAACCGCUAACAAACUGUGGAACUGGCUGAGAACUGGUCGGUCAGACCAGAACCGGCCGGUUUGGAUGAAACUAUGUCGUUUUGGUUCCGCACUCACGAGUCAUGACCUACCUUUUCCUUCCCUUCCGUCUUCAUUCCCCAAAUCAUAAAGGAAGUUGAAACUUGAAACUAGCAUCUCCACCGCCGCAAGGACGGCCGCCAUCCGUCGCGCUCAGGCACUACCAUCGUCGUCUGGUCGUCCGUGCUUCUUCCUCCUUCAAGAAUCGCAGCUUCUUCCUCGAGCUCGGCGUGUCAGUCCCUGGUAUUCAUCUGCUCCGUCGCGCUCCUGCCGCCGUUCGUCGCGCGGUCAGGCACCAUCGUCUUCGUCUGGUCGUCGUUCUCGAAGUCCCCAACCCACCAAUUGCAGCUUCUUGCUCGAGCUCGGAGUCUUUGAGUCUGCUCUUCGUUUGCACAGCCGCAGGUUCUUCCAAUUCUGAGUCGUGUUCGUCGCCUGGCCUCUGUCUCCGUCGCGCUUCUGCCCCUCUGCUCAGACUGCUCAGAAGAAAAACCCUUCUCCAUUCCAAUUUCCUUCCUUCGAGUUCAGAGAGCAGAAGCUCAACCAAGAAAAAAACCCGAGACUUCGAAGAACCAUUUUUUUGCAAUGGGGCUAUUCAAUAUCUCUCAGAGAUCCAGAAACUGAUUGCUUUAGAUUAGAAGAACCUAUUCCAGUCACAGAGAUCGGUGAGGAUGUUCUUCAAAAACUGGAGGUGCUGCUGCUAGCUAACUUGCCAAGACUCAGAUUUGUAACCAUAGACAUGACAUUGAGAUGGUCCUCUCCAGAGUAAGUAAAUAUAUACAGGUGCCCUUUGUUGAAAUCUUUACCAUUUUGCAAGGAUAAGGAAACAAACUUAAGAUCCAUGUGGAAUGAGUUCAAGUGGAGACACAAAGCUCAAUACCAAGAUAUAUUUCUACCCUCGAAUGAGCUUACGUUUUAGCCAUAUUUCUUCAUGGUUCACAUUAAUGUUUUAUGAAGAAAUAAAAAGCGAGUUGUGCUUGUGCCUGUUGUAUUAGGGUGUUUAUUUGUAAUUUAUUUAUUAUCUUAUUCUAAAACGGUUUUUUCGGUUGAAUCACGGUUGGACCGGUUAGACCAGUGAACUAAUGAACCAGUGACUAAAGCGGUUUGAUGACCAGUCCGGUUCUCAGAACCUUGCUUUGGAUGAUGAGUUUUCUUGAAUACUAUGGAUAACUGUAAAUUUGCCAAGCCCUUGAAGUUGAUGCUGGAAAAUUUUGAAUCCAAGGAUAAUUUUGAUGAGGAUGCUGUUGUUGAUCAACAAAGUGAGAUUUUUGAGUUGUAGAACAUGGUUAAGGAUAGGCUUGCAUUGCCAUUAUUGAUUGAUUUUUGUGACAAAGUUGGAUUGGACUCUCCACCGUGUUUCAUGUCCCCAUAGAACUUAAGAUGAUGAUUUUGGAGAGUCUUCCUAGUGUUGUUGUGGCUAGGGUGGCUUGCUUGUGUACAGAACUGCGGUACCUGUCUUGGAAUAAUGACCUCUGGAAGAAGUUUGAGGAGGAGUUUGGGGAAGCUGGGAGUAGAGUGAAGUUCUUUAGGGAAUAUUUUGCUUUACACUGGGAAUCAAAGAAGAGAUCAAUGCAACUGGAUUUUUUAUGCAUUAUUCCCAGCAAGGAGAGAUCUUAAUCCUUUUGGAAAUUUUUUAUUUUUGCUUUUACCUGUACGAGGAAGCAUCGACGGUGUGGCGCGUGUUUGAAGGAAUGGUGCCAACCCGAAUAGCUUCUCUGUCUUGUUUUCGCCUUCAUCAACACAUGGGUACUCUCUUUCACUCCAUUUUCAAUCUUCCUCCUUUUGCUUCUUUCCAUUUCCCCAUAUUUCACUUUACUUCUAUAGUUAGUGCCACAAACCUUGAUGAUCAUGAUCAUGAUUGUGAGAGGAAUAGCAAAAGAAACGACUUCAGGAACUUCUUGAGAGACAAGUGUAAGCUUGGUAAACUGAGUAAUGUUGGUGAAGCUUUUGACUUGUUUCAUUCUAUGGCUAUGAUGAAGCCUUUGCCAUCUGUGUUUGACUUCACUUUGUUGUUGGGUGUGAUUGUGAGGAUGAAGCAUUACACAACUGCGAUAUCUUUGGUUCAAUACAUGUAUUCUUCUUUGGGCAUAAAACCUGAUUGCUUUACUCUUAAUAUUGUGAUUAAUUGCCUUUGUCGAAUAAAGUUGACGCCUUUCGGGUUCUCUGUUUUUGCGAGCAUGCUCAAGCUUGGAUUGGAGCCACCUCUGUCGACUUUCACUGCUCUCAUUAAUGGGCUUUGCAUGCAAGGCGAUGUGGCUCGGGCAGUGGGGAUGGUUGAAAGUUUGAAAAGCAUGGGUUAUCAAUUGGAUGUUUACACUUAUGGAGCGUUGAUUAAUGGAUUGUGUAAGAUGGGCGACACUAAUGCAGCUAUUGGGUGGCUACAUAAGAUGGAAGAAAGAGAUUGUAGAUCCAAUGUUGUAGUUCACAGCACAAUUAUUGAUAGUUUGUGCAAGGAUGGAUUGGUGUCUGAGGCUUUAAAUAUGUUCUCAGAAAUGUGCAGCAAAGGUAUUAAACCAAAUAUUGUCACAUACAGUUGUUUGAUUCAAGGUCUUUGCAAUUUUGGCAGAUGGAAAGAUGCUGCUUCCCUGCUGGAUGAGAUGAUGAAAGUGGGGAUGAUGCCAGAUUUGCAAACUCUAAACAUUUUAGUGGAUGUUUUCUGCAAAGAUGGAAAAGUUAUGCAGGCUAAGAGUGCAAUUGGAUUUAUGAUUCUGAUGGGCGAGCGGCCAGAUGCCUUUACCUAUAAUGCAUUGAUUGAUAGACAAAAGGAAAUGAAUGAGGCCAUGAAAAUAUUUAACUCAAUGGUUACUAGGGGCUGUUUACCUGACAUUGUAACUUACACAUCACUUAUACAUGGAUGGUGUAUGAUUAAAAACAUAAAUAAGGCUAUGCAUCUUUUGAAUGAAAUGUUCAAUGCUGGAUUCGUUCCCGAUGUUGUCACUUGGACCACUCUUAUCGGUGGGUUUUGUCGAGUUGGUCGACCAUUGGCUGCAAAAGAACUCUUUUUUAGUAUGCACAAACAUGGCCAGAUGCCCAAUCUCCAGACUUGUGCUGUUAUGUUGGAUGGUCUAUGUAAAUCCCAGCUUCUUUCCGAGGCAACAUCGUUGUUUGAAUUAAUGGAGAAGAGUGGUCUGGAUCUUAACAUUGUGAUUUAUAAUAUUAUGCUUGAUGGAAUGUGGGCCGCUGGAGAAGUAAACGGGGCAUGGAAACUUUUUUCUUCUUUGCCUGCUAAAGGUCUGCAAAUUAAUUUGUAUACUUAUAACAUUAUGGUUAAAGGUCAAUGUAAACAAGGUUUAAUAGAUGAAGCUGAAGACUUACUUACGAACAUGGAAGAGAAUGGCUGCCCGCCAAACUACUCCACUUACAAUGUCUUUGUCCAAGGGUUACUAAUUAAAAAGGAUUCUUUAAGGUCCAUGAAAUACCUUCAAAUAAUGACAGACAAAGGCUUUUCAGUAGAUGCUACCACCACAGAAUUGAUUAUCAAUUACUUAUCCACUAAUCAAGGAGACGGUGCAUUUCGAGAAUUUUUGUUCCCAAAAAGAUAGUACAUUGAGUCUGGCCUCUUGAUUCAUCCAUGUAAAUAACACUAGAAAAUCAAUAUCAUUCAAGAGCUUCCAGCUGACAACUUAUGCAAUUAUGAAGUUGAUCCUUGAUUUAGAUCCUCUUAAAAUACUCAAAAAUUUGGUUUUUCCUAUAACUUGUUGGGGAUGUUUGUAAAUAUAAUCAUUCUUUAGCCACCCAACAAUUAUAGUAUGAGAGUUGGGGUGUGUUUGGUUUAGCGUUAGAGAGGAGAAAAGUGCA